AUGGGUUCUAUUGCUGUCUCUCAGGAUAGCCCCCCUCAGGAUGUGCUCAAGCCAGCCAAGCAACAGGCAGCGCAGCCACCCGCUUACAACGGCCUUGACAUCAUCAACAUCCAGCGUGUUGCGGUUGAAACAAACUUGAAAGACGACAUCAUUUCCAUGUGGAACCCCAAAAACGGACCCCGGAAGCUGCCUACCCUACUUCUGUAUAACGAACGGGGCUUGCAGUUGUUCGAAGAGAUCACUUAUCUGGACGAAUACUACCUGACCAACAACGAGAUCGAGGUUCUCGAGAAAUAUUCGAAUGAGAUUGCGCAGAAUAUUUCGCCGGAUUCCAUGGUCAUUGAGUUGGGGAGUGGCAACCUUCGCAAAGUCUGUUUGUUGCUGCAAGCCUUCGAAAAUGCCGGCAAGAACGUCGACUAUUACGCACUUGAUCUUUCCAGAGAGGAACUGGAGCGCACACUGGCCCAAGUGCCCAAGUUUCGUCACGUCAGAUGCCACGGACUGCUUGGUACCUACGACGAUGGCCGGGAAUGGCUGAAAAAGCCCGUCAAUCUAGCUCGAACCAAGUGCAUUUUGAGCUUAGGAUCUAGCAUCGGAAACUUCGAGCGCGACGAUGCGGCAGGCUUCCUCAAAUACUUCAGCGAUGUCCUCACGCCAUCGGACAAAUUGCUGAUUGGGCUGGAUGGUUGCUGCGACCCGUCCAAGCUGACAUACAUAAAAACAGACAAGAAAGGGGUGACCCAUGCUUUUAUUCUGAACGGCCUCGCCAACGCCAAUGAGAUACUUGGCGAGCAGGCGUUCAACCUUAGCGACUGGGAGGUUAUCGGCGAGUACGUGUACGAUGAAGAGGGCGGGCGUCAUCAGGCUUUCUACUCGCCUGUUCGAGACACAUACGUUAUGGGCGCUCUGGUGAAGCAGCACGAACGCAUCCAGGUGGAGCAGAGCCUGAAGUAUUCCCAACUGGGAGCCGAGAACCUGUGGAACUUGGCUGGCCUAGUCGAGACAAACUGCUGGGUCAAGGGAGACGAGCACGGACUGCACAUGAUCGCGAAGAGAAAGAUGCCUUUCUGCCUCCUCCCCGACCUGUAUGCCUCGUCGCCGUGUCCGACUUUGGACGAUUGGUCGGCGCUGUGGACAGCAUGGGAUGCUGUCACGCAGAAGAUGCUUCCUAAAGAAGAACUGCUGGACAAACCAAUCAAGCUCCGCAACGCUUGCGUCUUUUAUCUUGGCCACAUCCCGGGCUUCCUGGAUAUACAACUGACCAAGACAACCAAGACACUCCCAACCGAGCCAGCUGGCUUCCAGCCCAUGUUCGAGAGAGGCAUCGAUCCCGACGUCGACAACCCCGAAAAAUGCCACUCUCACUCGGAGAUUCCCGACGAGUGGCCUCCUGUGGAACAGAUUCUCGAGUACCAGCAGCGUGUACGCUCGAGGCUGCAGGACCAGUACAGGAACGGAGUCGACAAAAUCCCCAGAGCCAUCGCUCAAGGUAUCUGGGUGGGAUUUGAGCAUGAGAUUAUGCACAUGGAGACGUUGCUCUACAUGAUGCUCCAGAGCAACAAGACUAUUCCGCCGCCUGAUGUUCAUCAACCGGACUUCAGGCGUCUGGCUGACAAAGCCCGUCAGGCGCGUGUACCUAACGAAUGGCACGAUGUGCCCGCCCAGUCUAUCACUCUGGGAAUGGACGAGCCUGAUCUCAACGCCGGUAUCAACGGGUACUUUGGAUGGGAUAAUGAGAGGCCAACGAGAAAGGUGGAGGUUCAUGCAUUCCAAGCCAAGGGUCGGCCUAUCACCAACGAGGAGUAUGCACAAUACAUGUUUGAGAACCACAUCAAGAAGGUGCCUGCCUCGUGGGCUCCUACAGAAUCCAACACCAAGGAUGUCGACGCCAAUGGCCAGGUGUAUCUGACCGACGGAUACACGGAUGGAAACACCAACGGCCAUGUCAAUGGACACACAAACGGUGCCAGCAAUGGAUAUAAGAAUGGCCACCAAAACGAACAGGCUGCCCUUCCUGAACAUUUCCUCGACGGCAUUUCUGUUCGCACCGUUCACGGACUGGUGCCGCUGAAGUUCGCACUAGACUGGCCCAUCUUCGCCUCGCACGAUGAGCUCUCUGGCUGUGCUGCGUGGAUGGGUGGUCGAAUCCCGACAUUUGAAGAGGUCCGGAGCAUUUACAACUACGUUCACAACUCAAAGAGGAUGGAGGCUGAACGCACGCUCGGAAGAACGGUCCCAGCAGUCAAUGGGCACCUAUCAAAUGAUGGAGUCGAGGAGACGCCACCAUAUACUGGCUCUCUUGAGGCCGAGAAGGCUCGUUCGGAGCUCUUCGUCGACCUCGACGGCGCCAAUGUUGGAUUCCAGCAUUGGCACCCCGUCCCCGUGACGGCCAACGGCGGCCGUCUCGCGGGCCAAGGUGAGCUUGGCGGUGUCUGGGAAUGGACCAGCUCGCCCCUCGCUCGGCAUGAGGGCUUCGAGCCGAUGCCUCUGUACCCUCAGUACACAUCCGACUUCUUCGACGGCAAGCACAACAUUGUCCUCGGAGGAUCUUGGGCGACGCACCCCCGCAUCGCCGGACGACGAUCGUUUGUCAACUGGUACCAACACAAUUACCCCUUUGCCUGGUGCGGAGCCAGACUCGUGAGGGACAUGAACUAA